AUGUGCGCGAAUCGGAAGUAUUUCGUGUCGUUGAGUGAACCGCGGCAGGACACUCCGAAAUCCGUAACAGUUGCCGACGGUAAACGGGCGGUAGUGAAAGGCGUCGGAUCGUGUAAAUUUUCUUGCGUCGGAGGCGGUGGUGACGAAAAGCAGAUUUCGCUCAGUGAAGUACUAUUCGUUCCGGAGCUCGACAUGAAUCUCGUGUCGGUAGGCAGGCUCGUUCAGAAGGGAGCGAGAGUCAUCUUCGACAAGAACGGCUGCACGAUCGCGAACGGCGACAGGAUUGCUGCUGUUGCACCGUCGAGCAAGGGCCUCUACUAUCUCCAAAUGGUGGAACGAGCGAAUGCGGUUUCGGGGCAGUGCCAUGCAAAGGACUGCAUACACGAGUGGCAUCGGAAGCUGGGACACCGUGAACCUCAAGCUAUUCUGGAUCUGGAUCGUAAAGGUUUGGCAACCGGAAUCAAGAGGAAGUCGGACACGGUGGAUGCUAUCCGGGACUUCGUGCGUCUGGUGAAAACGCAGUUCGGAAGGCCUCCGAAGAUCAUUAGAUCGGAUCAAGGAGGAGAGUAUCGCAGCGCAGAGUUGGUUAAAUUUCUCAAGCAGGAGGGUAUUCAGCAGCAGUUCACGACAGCAUACACGCCGCAGCAAAACGGAGUCGCGGAGCGGAAGAACCGUUCGCUCGUGGAAAUGGCUCGGUACAUGAUCAUUGAGUCACGAUCGCACUAUCGGUACUAG